AUGGAUGAAAAGGAUUCUAUUCCCGAGAGCCCCAGUGAAAGCGUUAACGAAGCUCCUGGUGAUGCUUGUAAUAGUGAAAAAUCGGAAACUGUGUUGAAUGAGGCAGGUGACGAUAGUGGAAUCGUGUCUAGUGCUAAAAGUAAUACAAAUAUUGAUAAUAGUGAAUCUGAUACUAAAGAAAGUGAAUUACAGAACCAUGUUGAUCAUGAUGUGGGUGUCACAGAGACUGCCUGUGUUACAGCUGAAGUUGGAAGAGUAGUUGAAAAUGAAGAGUCCAUGGAAGUUGAUAGUCCACAGGAUGUUGGCAUCAAGGAAAAUGAAACUGAUAAUAACCAAGAAAAUAAUGUUGAGGAACCUCAACCAGAUUUAGAAGAUUUACCAAAAUCAGAUACUGAAAUAUCACAACCUCACAGCGAACACAAUCUAGACAGCGAAGAGAUUAUUGAAAAUAAAAUCAAAGAUGAAGAAUUAGAUGAUAUAACACAUAAUGGCAGUGAAGAUGUAACUAAUUUGGAUAGACUUACAGAAAAAAGUGAUGAUGUGGACGCAAAUAAGUCAGUUGAAUUGAAAAAUGAUGAUAAGGAUGAGAAAAAAGAUGAUGAAGUAGGUAAACCAGAAUUUGAAACUGCACCCAAUGUUUCUAUGGAUGAUACACAAGAAGAUCAUACAGAGGCUUUAGAUCCUUUUGACGCUUUGCUUAAAGACAACACUGACACCAGCAUAGCAGAGACAGAAACGCCAACUACGUCUCAAGUUGAAACUAUUAAUGCCACAGAGGAUGAUGACGAUGACCACAAUGUUGAUCAUGUUGAUUGUGAAAUGGAUGAAGAAGAUCACACAGAGGAUCCUCACUUGGAUGAAAGCAAUGUGACAGAACAGGCUGAAGAACCUGGUGCAGAUGAAGAAGUUUGUUUACUCCCAGAUACUGAGAGAGAAAUUUCAGAAGCAGACAAAGCUGAAGCUGAGAAAAUACUUGCUGAGCAAAGAAAACAAGCUGAAGCUGCUGUGGCUGUGGAGCAAACUAUACCUAAAGAAGAAAAUGAAGCAGCAGAUGCAGAUCUAGCAAACAAAGAAGAUGGCAUCAAUAGCGAGUUCACUGAGCAUAUGGAUACGUCAACAGCUCUGGAUGAUCUUUCUCAGGAAAAUGGUAGAGGUAAAAUUAGUUAGUAAGAAUAGUUAGUGAAAGUGGGCAUAAAUAAUAUUUUGCUCAAAACAAGGCUAAAAUGGUGAUUCAAUUGAUUUUUAUUAAAAUUACAUAGUAUGAAGAUGACCUGAUGAUGAAGUAUUGUUCAUAAAUUAUUUUUUGUGGAACUUUGCAUUGGUGUAUUGGAGUGAUAAUAGUUCCUGUAGUCAUUUCUCUUUUUUUUUUUCAAUGUAAUUUAUACCAAAAUUUUAUAGUUAUUUAUUGUUUUACUAAGUAUACAUAUAAGAAAUACAUCAUAGAAGAGAUUGUGCCACGAUUUAUGCUCUGCUCAGAAUGUGAAGAAAAAAAGACAUGUUAUUUUUAUUAUAAUUAUGAUGGAGAAGAUACCAAUUAUUGUUCAUUGGAGUGUUUACAUAGUAUGAUGGCAGAUGAAAAAGAUAAAUAUGUUUUCAAACGAAAAAGGAUCACUGUGGAAGAGACAUUACCUAAGGAAGCGACUUGUUCCGUUUGUAAUGAAACUAAAAUGUGUGAAUACUCAAUGACUAGGUAUGGAGAGAGUAAAAUUAUAUGCGGAAAUUCUUGUAUUAAAACUUUAAAUAAUAGUGAAAAUGGUAGAUAUGUUAUCAAAAGGAAAAGAGCACAACGUAAGGUCGUGUCCGUACCAACUGUCGCCACUUCUAAUCCUCCUUUGCUCAAAUUGAAGGUCAUAAGUAACGCCACAGACAAAUAUUUAGAUGAGGCAUAUAAAAUACAAGCUAAAACUCCAGCGAUGGUUCAGGCGGCGCGAGAAGAAAGAGAGCGGACGUUUUUGCGACGCUGUAAUCAUUGCGCGUUAAUUCUCCAAAUGGAUGAGAAAAUUUUGACUUGGGAGACGAUGGAUUUUUGCGACGAAGUAUGCUUAGGUAGGUAUCAGAACAAAAUAGGGUCUCGUUGCGCAAAUUGUCAGAAAGCUGUUCAACACACAAGCUUAGGCAAAUAUUGUGUACGGUUCGGAUACGAUAUCCGGCAGUUUUGUAAUUCGGGAUGUUUGGAAGAGUUCAAGAAGGGCUUAAAGAUUUGUUGUUACUGUCAGAGAGAUAUAUCUGUUGGUCAUCAAGGUUUUUUGGCGCCUGUCGGAGACAAGGGCCAAUUUAAAGAUUUUUGCUCCCAAGUAUGUAUGGAGAAAUUUGAUCAAAUGAGCAAGAAUCCUAUCCCGCAGCCAAUUUGGGCGAAAUGUGCUGUAUGUUCCCUAGAGAAAGCUACGACGAUCGAAGUGGAAGUUAAUGAAGACGUAUCGCAACGUUUGUGUUCGGAUCCAUGUUUUGCUGCUUUUAAAUUUGUCAACAAUAUUUUCCCAGAUCAAUGUCGCUGGUGUAAAAAGUACUUUGAACGUAAACAGUCUAAGUGUUUCACCAUAUAUGAAGGUAGCAGUCCACACUGCUUCUGCUCAAAGUCAUGUAUGAACGUAUAUAUUAGCAAUUCUCGACAUAUAAUGCCUUGUAACUGGUGUAAGGUGAAGAAGUACAAUUUUGAUAUGAUCCGACGCGUGCAAGCCAACGGUCAAGCACUGAUGAUGUGCUCACUGAAUUGUCUGAAUCUCUACCAAGUUUCAGUAAAUGCUGUUUCGUCUAGAAGAACCAAAUGUGAUAUGUGUAAGAGGACGUCGUUAGCGCAAUAUCAUUUAACCAUGUCAGAUGCGACUGUGAGAAACUUCUGCACAUAUCAGUGCGUUAUGACAUUCCAGGGGCAGUAUUCAAAACACGCUCCACCGUUGAUGCCGGACGAAGCUGUGUCAGACCAACAAAAGGCUGUACCGGCAGGUGCGCCACGACGAACAUACUCUGGUAAAAAUAAUGCAAUGACCAAAGGUCAGCAACGAUCCUCUCUACCGGUGAUCUCAAACGUACAAUCUUUAGCCGCCCCUCCGCCCUUAACUCCUUCCACGACGCGAGGCAAAUCCAAACGUCACGCCCCUCCGCCCCCAGAACCGGAGCCCCCUGCGGCACCUAAAACUCCCCCGCCGCCCCCCAAGCCCCCUACACCACCACCCCCGCCCCCGCCUAAAAUCUAUAAUCACGUUAUAGUUAAGACUCUACCACCCAAAGAAGUCGCCAACAAAGGCACCAUGUCGAAACCCCAGAUGGUAUCCAAAGGCGUAUCUUGUCGCCCUCACCCUUGUACUAAGGAAUGUCAGACCGAUCCCAGUUUAGAGAGGCGCGUUCUAAUACCUGUUCCUGUUCCCAUAUACGUACCAGUGCCGUGUGCCAUGUGGUCUCUGCCGUUCCCGGUACCUGUCCCCAUUCCGUUGCCGAUACCCACGCCAGUGUUCAUACCCACCACCCGGAAUUCUGCUAAAGGCAUCAUGAAGGAGAUCAACAAGAUUCACGACAAGAUGCCUACGGAUCCUUUCGAGGCCGAACUCCUGAUGAUGGCCGAGAUGGUCGCCGGUGAUAAAAAGAAAGACCAGAGUGAUUCAGAUACAGAUGAUGACAAUGGUGAAGAAACAUUUAGCCCGGUGGCAGGUAUGGACGGCAAUAAUGCAUUCGGCGAGGACAUGUUGCAAAUGGCACUGAAGAUGGCUACAGAAUAUGAAGAUCAGCCAGUAGACCUUGAGUCUGCUAUGACUGCUAAUACUAUUACCCCCAGUUCGCAUCCUGGCAUGCCAGUUGAGGGCGAAGGCAUGCACCACCAUCACUUGAUGGUGAUGGAGCAGCAGCGCGCGGUGGCCGCGCUGAGAGCGAGCGCAGGUGCGGGGGCGGGGGCGGGCGCGGGCGCGGCGGGCAGGAAGCGUCCGCCCGCGCCGCCGCCACGCCCCACGCGCUCGUCCAAGCGGCGACGUGCGGAGCCCGCGCCGCCCCCGCAGCCGGAACCGCCGCGCGAGCCCGCCGAGAAACCUGACGCCAACAUGUGCCUUAAGUACACAUUUGGCGUAAACGCUUGGAAACAAUGGGUGAUGACGAAGAACGCUGAAAUCGAGAAGAGCUCGAUAAGACGGAAACCAUUCAAAUCUGAAAUAUUACAACUAACUGCGGAUGAGCUCAACUACUCAUUGUGUUUGUUCGUGAAGGAGGUGCGCAAGCCGAACGGCAGCGAAUAUGCACCGGACACUAUUUAUUAUUUAGUACUAGGAAUACAACAAUAUCUCUUUGAGAAUGGUAGGAUAGACAACAUAUUUACAGAUCCAUAUUAUGAAAAAUUCACGGAUUGUUUGGACGAGGUCGCUAGGAAGUUCUCUGUCUUGUAUAAUGAUUCGCAAUACAUAGUAACGCGAGUUGAAGAAGAGCAUUUAUGGGAAAGUAAACAAUUAGGGGCGCACUCGCCCCACGUUUUACUAUUUACGCUUAUGUUCUUCAAUACAAAACACUUCAAUCUUGUGACUGUAGAUGAACAUAUGCAGCUAUCAUUUUCACAUAUUAUGAAGCAUUGGAAACGGAAUCCUAAUCAACCAGGUCAGACGAAGGUGCCAGGUUCAAGAAAUGUAUUAUUACGGUUUUACCCUCCACAGUCAGCUCUUGAAGCCAAUUCCAGAAAAAAGAAAGUUUAUGAACAGCAAGAGAAUGAAGAGAAUCCACUUAGGUGUCCUGUAAAAUUGUAUGAAUUCUAUAUUUCAAAAUGGUGAGUAAUUAAAAA